AUGGCAGACUCGUCGAAAGAAUAUCGGGGGAACUCACAAGGCAACCAAAUUUCCAUAUCCAAGCAGGAAGAAAGCAACCAGACAUCCAAGUACUCUUCGAACCAAGACAACAAGCGCCACACACUCCAACCCAAAGCUAAAACUGUCUCCCAAGCCGAUGCCGAGCUUCGCGAGCGGCUCGAGCAAAUGUCUGGAGGAGGAGGAGCAUCUGGAAUUGAAUACGAAGAUGGCAAACCGAAUGCUAUGAAGCGUGGCGUGCGCAACAACAUGUUCCGAUUAAUCUGA